CAACAUCUGACGAGAGGAAAGUAAUAUGGCGACUGAUAACAGCAAAUAAAACAGAAUCUGGAAGGACUUGACAACCAUUAAUUGUGUACAAGGAGGUACAUGUACACGUGUAAUUUGCAAUGGAUAGAAUGGAAAGAAGUAGUGGUUGGGACUCCGGUGGUUACUCCUCAUCGGCCUACGACCGCCAUGUCCAACAGCAGCAGCAAGGAGGCAAGUCAGUUGCCAACAGAGUUCAGAAGCAGUACUGGGUCACCAAGCAGGCCGUCAUCAAGAAGCUGGGUAGAAAAGAGGAUGAGUUUGUUGUAGCCGGUGAUUCGGAGCUGGAUGCAAAACUUGAGGUGUUCCGUUCAAUACAGAAAACAUGUAUGGAUCUGCUAAGAAUUAUUGAGAAAUACCAGGAUAAUCUAUGUGCACUCUCCCAGGAAGAGAAUGCCAUGGGCCGCUUCCUGAAAUCACAGAGUUCCCAGGAUAAGACAAGAGCUGGGAAGAUGAUGGCAGCUGUGGGCAAAGCUCAGAUUGUGUCUUCAGAACAGAGGCUAGGCCUACGAGGGCCCCUCGUCCGUCUGUAUCAAGAGAUUGAGACAUUCCGAUACCGAGCCAUCUCGGACACCUUGAUGACGAUCAAUAGGAUGGAAGGAUCUCGAUUAGAGUACAGAGCAGCCUUACUCUGGAUGAAAGACAUCUCCAAGGAGCUGGACCCAGACACCUUCAAACAACUUGAGAAAUUUAGAAAGGUCCAGGCACAAGUCCGAACAACCAAGCUGAAGUUCGACAAGCUAAAGAACGAUGUCUGCCAAAAGAUCGAUCUCCUCGGAGCCAGCCGGUGCAAUCUCUUCUCUCACACUCUAGCAACGUACCAGAACACACUGCUUCACUACUGGGAGAAGACGUCGCGUACGAUGUCCGCAGUUCAGGAAGGAUUCCGGGGCUACCAGCAUUAUGAGUUCAACAUGCUAAAGGAGCUUUCAGAGACGAGUAAGCAACUUGCCAAAUUGACGGGCGCAAAGGACAUUAUUCCUAAUUGGGACGAGGAGGAAGAAAAUGACUUGACAGCGACUAGUAAACGUCUUGCAGAGACGACUAAAGGUGAUAAAUCAACGAAUGGGAGGACGGAGAGAGGCGAGAAACAAGAUGAAGAUGAGGAUGAGGAAGAUGAGGAUGAGGAUUCACGACAAAGAUUAAUCUCAUUUGGAGAUGACGGGAACCUAGACCUCGAUGAGCGACAAGAACCAGACGAAUUCGAGAGAGUCUUUGGCACCCUCGAGAUCCCAAAAACCGACAACUUGGGAGACCUUGGGGGCACCUUACACCAGCAGCAGGGGAUGGGAGGGGAAGGGGGUACAGCGGAGAGGAGAGAGUACGGGAGAGGGGACAAGACGGAGAGCGCAUUCAUCAGCUUGAUGGGUGGACUGGGAGACGGAACCGCACCGAAGGAUCAGACACAACAGGGGAACAAUAGCAAUGCAAAAGAUGAUCUAGAUCUUCUAUCAGAGGACCCUCCUCCCUCUCCCAAACAACUUGCCGAGAUGGCCCUCCUCAAUGAAAUCAUGAACACACCGAGUGGACUGCCAACUGAAGAGUCCACCCAGUCAGCCUACAAGUCGGAGUACUUUGACUUUGAGGAGUUGAUGCUGGGGGGCGACGGUCAGAACGGUCAGGGUCUGGUGGCAGGUGGCUUCUUGCCCUCUGACCUCUUAAGCGGGAUGGGGACGAUGCAGGCCCCAGAAGGACUUCUUUCUCCACUUCCCUCCGCCACUCAAGCCCCCCAAGCCCCCCUUGCCCAGGGUCUGCCUGCCAGUGCCCCGCCUAAAGACAACGCCACGCCUGCCGCCGCACAGGAGCCCUCCAAUAAGCAAGACUCCAGCAAGUCCCAAGCCUUCAAGAAGGGCGCCAAGGCAGAUAUGUCGGCCUGGUUCAACCUCUUCGCCGAUCUUGACCCACUAGCGAAUCCUGAUGAAGUCGGCAAGAAAGAAGGAGAGCAGUCGGAAGAAUUGAGGAAUUGCUGAGAGGUGGAGGGGGUAGUAGCUUUCUUAUUUCUUAUAACAUCAGCAGGUUUCCAACAGGGUUACCUUGUGUAUCAGUACUGUCGGCGAUUUCACCAAACUCUUCCUAACUUAGGAUUUAUCUUAGGACUUGGGGCGAGUUAAAUUCCGUAACCAUAGACGU